UUGGGGUUUAUGUACUUUUUGUUCUUGUACUUUAUUUUGAUAGGAGUCUGUUAGCUCCUUUUUUAAAAAAUGUUUUGGCUGUUACUGUUGUUGUUUUACAGCAUAAAUUACUCUUCAUAAUAAGGUAGUAAUUCAGAGCUAGCGUAGGUAUUUUUCAGCCCUGCUGCUUAUAGGCCUCUUACAAGAAUCAAACAUAGCUAGUCUGUAAGGCCGAUUUGGCCAUGACUCAUUUAAAGAAGAUUAGAUUUUGUGUGAACUUUUUCUUCUUACUCCCUUGAGUAGAAAGUUCCUGCUAUCUAUGUUCAAUAUAAGGCAACCAAAUGCACAGGCACUUUUCCAUAAGGGAUUGUGGGUCCUUUAGGGCAGAUAGUUUAUGACCAGAAAAUGUUUUUUGUUUGUUAAAUGGCAUACAUUUAAAUCCAUGGUUUUCAGGUAUGAGUUAUGUUCUGAGGGCAUGCACUAAAUAACAACCAAUAAAUUAUAAUUGGUGAUUAAUGAAAUAGCCCUUAGCAUACAAUGCAAAAAUGAUUUUACUUUUUAAUACAUUUUGGGAAUUACAUAGAAAUGAGCUCAUGGACAUCAUAAAAAAGUUUUACUCUUUUUGAUGAGUUUAUCUACAUUAAUAAGUCCAAGAUAUUUUAUAAAUUAACAUAAAUCAGAAUUUUAUUUAUAUUAAAAGCUGUUAACGGUUGGAUUUUGAAAUGACUUGUCUUGGAUUUACUAACUUUUUUGUUAUUUUAAAUGUAGGAAUUAAUAUCAUAUGAUGUUGAAUUAACUUUAUUUUGACUUAAUUUGAAGGACAAGCUGAAGAUGUUUUAAUGACAUCACCCAGCUAGAAAUUAGAAGAUAGGUUCCUUGGAAAUGACCAUGGAGAAGUAGAUGCCCAGAUGCAAAGUGAUGAAACAGCCAAUUUGUCAUAAAGUAAAAUGCAGCUGUGGCUUUUCAACCAGAUUAGAACAAAAUUGUAUCUGUUUUUCUCAGAAGAGAAUUCCACAAGUCUCCUGGUUGGCUUUUUUAAAAACAAAAUUUACCAUCUCACCUAGUUUUUUAGUGUACAGCCGAAAUCACUACCAAAUAAUUAGAUCAAAGAAAUACCAAAUAAUGAAACCAAAGAUGUUGGUGUUGGAAUUGCAUAUGGCAGGUUAAGUCAUCAAACAAAGAAAACAUGGUAUUUUGAAGUAUGAUUAAACUCCUGAUGCUGCAGCAGAGGCUAAGAAUAUUAAUGGCCAGAUCUAGCGCUCACAUGGUCUUCUGAAAGAAGCCAUGGGUAGCUGUUGUAGCUGUCCAGAUAAAGACACUGUCCCAGAUAACCAUCGGAACAAGUUUAAGGUCAUUAAUGUGGAUGAUGAUGGGAAUGAGUUAGGUUCUGGCAUAAUGGAACUUACAGACACAGAACUGAUUUUAUAUACUCGCAAACGUGACUCGGUAAAAUGGCACUACCUCUGCCUGCGACGCUAUGGCUAUGAUUCGAAUCUCUUCUCUUUUGAAAGUGGUCGACGGUGUCAAACUGGACAAGGAAUCUUUGCCUUUAAGUGUUCCCGUGCAGAAGAAUUAUUUAACAUGUUGCAAGAGAUUAUGCAAAAUAAUAGUAUAAAUGUCGUGGAAGAGCCAGUUGUUGAAAGGAGUAAUCAUCAGACAGAAUUGGAAGUCCCCAGAACACCUCGAACACCUACAACUCCAGGGUUUGCUGCUCAGAACUUACCUAAUGGCUAUCCCCGAUAUCCCUCCUUUGGAGAUGCUUCGUCCCAUCCCUCAAGCAGACAUCCUUCUGUGGGCAGUGCGCGCUUACCUUCCGUAGGUGAAGAAUCCACACAUCCUCUGCUUGUGGCUGAGGAACAGGUACAUACCUAUGUCAACACUACAGGUGUGCAAGAGGAGCGGAAAAAUUGUGCAAGUGUGCAUGUCCCGUUGGAGGCGAGGAUUUCUAAUGCUGAAAGCAACACUCCAAAAGAAGAACCAACUAGUAUUGAGGACAGGGACCCUCAGAUUCUUCUUGAACCUGAAGUAGUCAGAUUUGUCUUAGGACCAACUCCUGUACAAAAACAAUUAAUGGAAAAAGAGAAACUGGAGAAAAUUGGAAGAGAUCAAGUCAGUGGAAGUGGUGCAAAUAACACAGAGUGGGACACUGGAUAUGACAGUGAUGAACGAAGAGAUGCACCCUCUGUUAACAAACUGGUGUAUGAAAACAUAAAUGGGUUAUCUAUCCCUAGUGCCUCAGGGGUCCGGAGAGGUCGUCUGACAUCCACCAGUACCUCCGAUACCCAGAAUAUCAACAACUCGGCUCAGAGAAGAACUGCAUUAUUAAACUAUGAAAAUUUACCAUCUUUGCCUCCUGUUUGGGAAGCCCGCAAGCUAAGUAGGGAUGAAGAUGACAAUUUAGGACCAAAGACCCCAUCUCUCAAUGGCUACCAUAAUAAUCUAGACCCAAUGCAUAACUAUGUAAAUACGGAGAAUGUAACAGUGCCAGCAAGUGCUCACAAAAUAGAAUAUUCAAGGCGUCGGGACUGUAUACCGACAGUCUUUAACUUUGAUAUCAGACGCCCGAGUUUAGAACACAGGCAGCUCAAUUACAUACAGGUUGACUUGGAAGGUGGCAGUGACUCCGACAACCCUCAGACUCCAAAAACACCUACGACUCCUCUUCCACAGACCCCUACGAGGCGCACAGAGCUGUAUGCUGUGAUAGACAUUGAGAAAACUGCUGCUAUGUCAAAUUUGCAGAAAGCACUACCACGAGAUGAUGGUACAUCUAGGAAAACUAGACAUAAUAGUACUGAUCUGCCCAUGUGAGCCUGGAAAGCAUUACAUUGUUUGCACCUUUGUGAAUUUUUAAAAAAUGAAGAUGCAAGUGCUUCAUUUUCAUUUCUAAACACUAACUCCUUUUAUAGACUGAUAAUUUUUUUUUUAAUAUUUCAUGUGCUUCUUUAACUAAAGGGAAUUAAUGUAGAGCAGGUACUCAUUAAAGAACACUAAUUUCAUUAUAUACUACUCAUUACUGUACAGCAGCACUCCCAUUUUCACAGUGCCUAUUUAAAAUAAGAGUUGAAGUGAGUGACAUGCUGGUUGAUUUUUAUCAAUAUUCUGGACUUAAGCAUAUCAUGUCUAAGUCAUGGUUGGCAUUUCAGACAUUUUAUAAAGCCUCUUGAUGUGCAUUGCUAGCAGAUAACUCUAGGCUUUGAAAGUGAUAUUUGUAGAUUCACUGUUCAUGGUAUGUGGCGUCCAGCAUGUAACAUGAGGAAUCCUUUAUUUCACUAUCUGUAGGCUUUUUGACUUGAGCCAAACCAUAUGUAAAGGAAAUAGAAGUACCACACUCCUUAUGUACCAGUCAGCUCCUUUGCCUUCAGCUUACUAGAAAGAGUCCUGUGUUGUGAAUAUGGUUUGUUGUUGGUGUAUUGAAAGGCAGGAAGGAGACAAGAUUUUUUGUGCAUUCAUCUCAUGAUGUCAUUGGAAGGGCAUGCCCAGAUAUCUUAAUCAGAAUUACAAUAGGCUCAAGAAUCAGUCUCAGGUCAUUUUACCCAAAAGCAUUUGGAAAUCUGAACCAUGAUCUCUUGAAAGUGUCUCCUCUAUGGAUUAUUAACAAUAACAUUGUUUCUGGAGGCAUUUGUGCCAUUAGAUUGCCAUUUACCUUCAGUUUUUUCUCCUUUGGUGUUUGGGAUGUCUUAUUUUGUUGCUUAAUGUCCUUUUCAAUUUAAAAUGUUUGAGUUUGUAUAUAGUUUUAAAAUUGGAUUAUGUGUUUAUUGUUGUUUAGUUUGCAUUUUUGUCAAAUCGUGGUUUUGAAGGUUCAUUUGGAACUUACUGUUAUUCUAUAACAGGGUUGCCCUUGUCCAGUAUUUAUUUAUAUGCUGUUUACUUUUCAAGUUGUUGAUAAAAACAUUCUCUCAGUUUUAAAUUUUACUUGUGUCCAUAGGUGAUCUCUUUAGCAGCUGAGGAAAAAAAGGAAUCUACUUUUAACAUGCAAAGCUCCCUAAAGGUACUGUUUCUCUGUGGGCACUCACCCCAGCACUUUAGCAGUGAUCCUCUCAAGUCACAUGGCUGCAGUUGUAUUUUGCCCACUGUAGUGCUCCUCAGCUCUGCUGUCCUUUCGCUCAUAGCUGGAUCUUUGAUUAUCCCUGAUUUCAAUGGAAUGUUAAGAUUAUUGCCAGCAUAGCAGGUACAGUGGAAGUGUUGUAGCAAUGAAAUUAUGUCAUAAUUUAGGAUUUAAAAUAAAUUGAAGCUUACAUAAACUGACAAGAGGUCAUAUGUCCAACUCUUGGAAAAUCAAGAAUAUUUCAGUUUCCCAAACACUAGAGAAGACAAGAGAAGGUAGAGUGAAAAGAAGGUUAGGUAACCUUGCAAAAUAUUUUACCAUUUUUCUCUAAAUAUGAGGAAGUUUGAGAUUAUGAUCUGGAUCUACCAGAUGUAACUAAGGUUAAUUUAGCAUGAAAAAGUUUCAGACAUAUAGCAUCCAACCUGUUCAAUAAAUAACCAAUUAUAGGACAGUGAAUGGAUUAGGGAAAUAUUAGAAUGGGACCAUUAUAAAGAAAAUAAAUUAUUAAAGGUGUCUGUUAUUUUCAGUGCCAUUGGUUUAUGCGCAUAGCAGAAUCUCUUUUUUUCUGUGAACUUGGUGCUUACUAAAGUGUUCACUGUUCCCUAAAAAGAGAGCAGUGGUAGAGGUGUGCAGUUUCCAUUUUAAUAUAUUGUUGCAUUUACGUUUUCUUCUGAGUAGAUUGCUAACCGUGCCAAAUUUAUGUGAUUUUUGUAAUGUGGAAUAAGAAUUGUGAUGGAAUUAGUACACAUGGUUUUCUCUGAAAUAAGCAGUCGAGACAGAACAUUAACCUCCAAAUGGAAGGGCUGACCUAUUUAUUCAUUUUGGAGGUUGGGUACUUUAUUUUCUUUUUCUCAUCCUUUUCACCUUUCCUUCUAGAUUCUAAUUAGUUAUUAUGUUUUUUAGGUAACUCCAAUGUAAUCAUUGCAGUUUAUGCUUUAAAUACUAUGUGCUUUAAAAAUGAAAAUGGGACCAAUUUGUCUGCUAAGAAUUUGAUUUUAGGUACUAUGAGUAUUAGGAAGAUGUACACAUACAACUGGUGUUAAUUUCUAGAUGUCUCUGGAAAUCACCUGGGUUCCUAUUUAAUAAAAAGUAAUGUAGAACACUCCUUGUCCUUCGCAGUAGUUUAGUAAUGGGCACUAAGCUCUAUCAUGGAAGAAUGUACCUAUUAAUAGGUGCAUUUUAGAAUGAAAUAUUUUAUUGCGAUAUAAUUGUGACCAUAUGUUUCAGAUUUCCUGAGACAGACCUAAUUUUAGAUAUUCUGUUCUGUUGCUAGACCAUGUGAUCCCACUUUUCAGUUUUGGAAAUAUAAUCAUUGUUCAUAUAUUUUCCCAAAUAGAAUUCUCCUUUAUCUGUAUAGAUCAUAACAGCUUUUAUCCCAGACCAGGGUUGGAAACUGAUAUGGGUAUUGACUGUGUUUUUUC